AUGCGAUUUAUGCAAAGCAUGGAAGUAAAAAACAAGGAAGAGCAAUUAGCGAUAAUAAAAAGCUCAAUCAACAGAUUAAUAAGCAGGCCUGAAGAGAGCAACUGCUACGACACAUUCAUGAAGGGGUAUAAUGCAGUGUAUCUGUACUGCACAGAAAACACAAAAGAGAGCUACAUAAUUGAAGGAGCCGAGGUGUACAAAAUAUACGACCAGGCGUUGACAAACCAUCUUAAAAGGCUGCCAGAAGACUACACCUUGGAAACUUUUGUGCGCUUUGUGGAUGCAUAUAUCCGCGCCAAUGAAAGAGUCUGCAAAAUGCUGACAUUCCUUAGCCGGUACUUCGUGCGCGUAAAUGUUGAAAUAUCGAACACAAAUGUUAUAGAGCUGAAAAAACUGUACUUUGAAAGACUUUAUUCUAUGCUGAUAGAGGGGAAAGAGCACAUCAUACACCCUCUGUUCAUAGAAGGGCUUGGAAGAUACACAGAUAUGAAAGAGAAGAAACAGGAAAAGACAGGUGUGUAUGAGAGACAUCUGAAGAUACUAAGGGUGAUGCUUCGCACGUAUAUAAAGGUGUGCGAGAUAUCCAACCAGAAAAAAUCCCUGAAAAAGCUUCUUAACAGCGUGGCCAAGUUCAUAGCAUCGCUGAAAGAAAAGGAGCAGACAGCCUUUAUAUACUACAAGAUGGCAGCCGUGGACAGUCUGUUCAAAAAAAAAGAGAAAAGCAAGAAAACGCUGUAUUGGAUGGUGGAAGAAAAAAUAGACGAGCACGUUUUGAAGAGUUUUAUAAAAGAGUUUGUGUCCAAAAUUCUAAGAAGCGGGAUAAACAAGAAAACACACGCUGAGAUAGCUCCAUUCUAUUCUUUUAUAGACAACUCAGUAAAAGGAAAGGACAUUUUCAUCAACAACAUGCUUCUGAUGAGUAUAAAAAUCAUUGAUAAAAACGAGGAGUGCAACUCGUUUCUGAGGUUUUUUAUUUUCAUAGGAAAACAUCUCAGCUACAUGCCAAGAACAUCAAAAAGAGUCAAAAAGGUGUUUGAAAUGGUUUUGACCAGGAGAAUGCAGAGCAUCUUGGAUGCGCCCGACUGCAAGUUUGAAAAUGAGCUGCUGGAGUGCAUAAACGUCUUCAUGAAGACAAAACACCCGCCGAUUGUAGAGCUUUCUUUGCUCAUAUCGAAUGUAUCUGCACAUAAAACCAUAUUUUGGAAGAUGUUCAUCGUUGGAGUGAAGAACAGGCUAAUUCUGGGAAACCUGGCAUCGGUUGAAAAAAAGCUAAUAAACCUCACAAUCAGAAGAAUAGAGCAAUACAAAGAAACAAGGCUAAGAAAGGAGGCGGAUGUAAAUAAGAAAGUGCUUGAGUACAUUGAUGCAGAUACACUCUAUAAAACACAUCAGUACUACGAUGUCUUCAACUUUGAAGAGCUACUGCUCUGCAUAAAAGAUAUUGCAACGAGUGAAGUGUACUUCAAGACAGAAAAGCCUGAUCAGAAGAGCGAGUGUCUUUUGCUGGUGUACACCAGAUGGAGCUACCCUGUGGUGAAUAUGCACAUACCUCCAGAGCUGGAGGACACCUGGAACUCAGUUAAGGAGUACUGCAAAAUGAAAGGGAGAAAAUACAUACUUAGAUUCUGUCCAACUGUUUCGUCCAUCACACUCGAGCUAGGUGAAAAAGAAAUACACUGUGACAUGCUCCAAGGCUCUAUUAUAAUUCUUCUGACACGAGGCGGCCCUCACUCGUUUGACGAACUAGUGCAUGCGCUGAUAGUUGAAAUAACGGACAAAACAAUUGAGCUUGUAAAGCUAAAAAUAAAAACUCUGCUAGAUUCAGAAAUUGUAAGAGAGAACAGUGAAAAGUACGAAAUAAACACAGAGUGUGCCUCUGGAAACAUAGACAUCUUUGCUCCUGAAAUAGAAGACACCCUAAACGAGGCAGAAACACUGAAAUAUGCGUACUCAAAGGGCGCCAUUGAAGCACGCAUCGUGAAAACAUUGAAGAAUGCAACGGGAAUGGACUCAGAAAAGCUAAAAGAAGAUGUGAUGAGUGUCUUUCCUAUAGAGGAAAAAGAAGUAGAUCUGUGCAUUCUAGUGCUUCAGGAGAAAGGGCUUAUUUCGAUUGCAGACAACAUUUUAUAUUUUGUUCCGUAA